CGCGUUAACGGCACAACGCUCUCCUCGCAUUGUGCCGUUAUAAACGCGGCGGUGGCGGCGGCGGCGGCACAGACUUACACAGGGCACCUCAUUAUGAUUGCGCUCAUUAAAGCCAACGAGUUGAAUUCCACCACGAAUAUCUCGUUCGGUGGCCAGAUUUGUCGCGUCCCCGCUCACUUUUCGCCCGCGCGAUAAGCUCCAGAGCGGCGGGGAGGAAGACACGGGUCACGGUGUAAAUGUAACUCUGCACAUUUGUUCGCGCACGGGACAAGGCCUCUUCCGCUUUACUCCACCUCGGUGCGGUGGAGGGACAACGCUCAUCGAACCGAACCAGCGGGCUCAUCGUAUCCAGGAGGUCGCACGCCACCCGUGAUAUGAUCGCGGGCGUGCACUCCUCUAUGGGCGCCUCGCCCGCGUUGUCAGCAGCGGCAGCAGCUGGGGUGAUCCGCAAGAAAGAACGAGGAGGAGGUGAUCCUCCUGCCGUGCACUGCGCGCUGCGCGGGGCCCUGCACGUGAAACGUCUCGACGGGGACACGUGGCCCAGGUCCUCCUCCUUAACCACCUCGGCAUCCUCCUCCACCACCACCUCCUCCUUCACGGUGGGGGCCGGGACCCGCUCGAACCGCCCCAGAACCGAGUCGGCCUCCUCCUACAAUCGCGGCGACCUGCUGGAGGUACCACGUACCCUCUUCACGCAUUUCGGCAUCUACCUGGGGGAUGACCGAGUCGCGCACUUCUUGCCCGACAUCCUGCCCCUGCUCACCAGCGACCAGCAGCUCCUGUGCAAGGUGGUGACCAACACUCGGCUCAUCCUGGGCUCCGUGGCUCGACGCGGCACCGUCAGGGUCGACUCGGUGGUCGACUUUGUGUACGGGGCGCCCCAGGUGCUCGUGAACGCGGCCGACCGGCUCGCCCACGAGCCCGCGGACGCGCGCCGACGCGCCUCCCUGCCCGGGGAGGUGGCGGCCAGGAGGGCCGAGAACUACUCGGGGGACACCGUCUACUCGCUGCUGUGGAACAACUGCGAGCACUUCGCCACGCACUGCCGCUACGGAGACGCGUGGAGCGAGCAGACCGAGCAGUUCUGCUCGUUCCUCAAGAGGUGCGUCAGGGACAAGCGCAGCGUCUUCGUGGGGGCCACCCUGGGCCUCUCCCUGACCUUCUACUGCGGAGCGUCCCUUCUCUUCGCCAUCAUCACCUUCGUCAUCUCGCUGCUCAUCUGGAUGGCCGGAUGACCGACACGCAAACGCCAAGCCACGAGCAAAGUUGACCUUUCCUCCGCAACACUCGCCACGUUUAGCAGAGAAUAUCCACCCAACCGCUGGGUAACAGUUUUGUUACAGACCAAAAAACACCCAAAGUUUAAUUUCUUCCAGUGCCUUGAAUGUGCCUUUAUUUGACUCGGCCAUUAAUAAUCCGGAAUCUCAAAUGUUAUAUUCUGCAACUGAGCUCACGUGCACGUGUACAGCCCUUGUGUGAAUUCCCUGCUGGAUAAGGCCCUUCCUGGUGCCGUGUGAGUCGUGGAGGAUUAUUUGACCAUACUUCACGCAAGUUAGGGGGGGGGUGCACAGAAGUAUAGUACAACAAUGGAUUUUGCAGCACUGUCCACUAAUGUAGCCUUGGAUUCAUAUUUACAAGAUGUAUUAUUAUAUAAAGCAAUUUAUAUAUUGUAUGUAAAAUUGCCAAAGUUUCACAUUACUUGUUUGUGCAUAUAAAAUGUCAGCUGCGUGGCCUUAUGAACGGUAUUUUUCAUCGCAGGUACAAGAUGAUGUGGUUGUACUUGAAAAACAAUGCAAUAUAUAUGCGUGUAGGAGAGGGCAAAUGUUACAUUGGGAAGUUACUUACGGCAUAACGUUCAGUCGGUGGAAUUGACUGACACGGCAAAUCUUGAUUUGAAGCUUUUGUGACUGCAGGAAUCCAUACUCUUUGGUUCUUUCGGUAAAGUCACGUAGGUAGAAAAAUAAAAUAAAACAAAUAAUAAUACAUCACGAAGUUUCGAUCGCAACACAAGCGGUCGUCCUCAGGCGGAAAAAAGAAUCCAGCAGUUCCACAAAAAACAAUCCAGUGAUUUUACCGAAAGAACCAAAGAGAAUGGAUACGGCAAAGCUGAAAAUUGGGGACGUUGUACGACUCAAUAUGCGUGAUGCCACGGUGAAACCUCAACGUAGGCAAGUUCCUUGACCCUAGAUUUGAAGCUUUCGUGACUGCAAGGAUUCAUACUCUUAGUUCUUUCGGUAAAGUCACGUAGGUUAAAAAUGAAAUUAAAAUUAUUAUUUUAUUUUUUAUUAAUUUUAAUUUCAUUUUUUACCUACGUGACUUUACCGAAAGAACUAAGAGUAUGCGUUCCUUGACACCAGCGAGUCAACCCUCUAGCGCGACCGUGCUCUCAGGGUGGGGGGGUGGAGGGUCACGGCAGUGUUAACGAUAAACAAAACAUGAAACAAUCGCAUGUUGGUUCUUUCGGUAAAGUCACGUAGAAAGAAAAUAAAUUAAAUAAUAUAAAUUCUUUUCUUUCUCCGGGACUUUACAGAAAAUAAAUUAAAUUAUAUAAAUUAUUUUCAUUCUCCGGGACUUUACCUUAAGUACCAAAAAGUAAUUCCUGCAGUCAUGAAAGCUCCAAAUCUAGAUGAAACAAUCGUUCAAUGAUACACAGAAUGAGUUACGCUCCCCCGUCUGCUUUUGUCUAUUUUGCGUUAAGCUGAACAUCGGAGUUAAAAGCUGCGACGUCCAUCGCUUAAUUGCACUCAUAUUUGUUUCAACAUCUUUUGACUUGAAUGAUCAUUCAGAUGUUUAGGGGGGUGGGGAGGGUUGGGCUGAGCCCAUUAGCAUCAGGAGGGAUAAGGGUGCUCAGCAACCACGUCCGACAGCGCCGAUGGGAUGGUGGUACUGAACCGAUCGCUACACAUCUCAUCACGGCAACACAGCUCGGUGCUCUGAUGCCACUAAUAUUGCAUGCACCUGGGUAACGUGUACACAAAGUACUCGCGCACCUUUAUGGAAACAGGCGGUUAAAAAAAAAAACAGACAGACAGAACCCGUGCACGGGCUCUCAAAGGGGGCAGAGUCACAACCAAGAUGUCACCUUCACCACAUCUGCUCUCUGGCUUCCAGAGUCACGAAGUGAUCUUUUUAAUGAGGGUGUUUGCCAUGGGCAUGGCUUCAUCUUAGGCAGAUCUGCCCCGGUCCUCGGCAAACCCGGAAAAUAUGUCCGCGGUCGGGCACACUACGUCUUGGCAAGCCUUUCGCUGGGGCUUUAGCUGCUUGUCACGUGCCACCGGUGACCUGGGGUGGAAAAAACAUUAAAUGAAAUAUGAAACCCAUUGCAAAAGUAGCUUUAGGAAAGUAGUUAUUUCGGCAGGUGUGGUUGCUAAAUUCGUUGUCACUUAAAAAAUAUAAACUGUAUAUACAACCCAUUGACAAUUCAGUGUUGGAUAAAGCCUCUGUUUCCUCUCGCACUGCGUCAAUUGUAGAGUUUGGUUAAACAUACUUCACCAUGCUGGGUAAUACGGGUUUGGUGAAGGUAGGAAUCCUGGACCGGUUCCGAUAUCACUCAAUGGGAAUCAAAUUCGUGCCAGCGGGUUCACAGCGGCGCAUUGCGGUCCCGAACCCACCCCUUGUUGCAGUCAGAAUUAAUUAAAUGGUUAAUGUUGAAACUGUUGUUUGUAAUUGGAGAGGGUUUGGCAAGAGCGAGUUGUCUCGAGCUAAAUAAAAUCAAGCAAAGGGAGUAAAAAAUGCACGCACACAAAAUAUCUGCAGCAAUUCCAAACAUAGACGUACGCUUUUCUCAUUGAAUGUUAUAUUUCCCUGUCAUUGAGAUAUUCCAGAAUCUACUCUCUGAAGUGAAUCAUAUGUUUCAGCAUAUCAAUUAACUAUUUCAUUAGCAUUGUGUAUCUCGGUGAUACGCUUUACACAUUCCACGUUAAUUCCGUAUGCUGUAUUAAACCCAAGAAAAUGUAUAAAAUGCUAUACGUUUAA